AGAUCUCUGACGAUGUGGAUCCUGUCUUACGUGUUGAGGGCACUAUGAUCAUACGGUAUGAGAAGAAGAGAGGAUGCCUUUCUGUGUAUUUUGAACAGAAACCAUGCACCAAAAGCCGUGUGCUAGGAAUUUACACUUCUGUAACAGUCACAGCAUUUGCUCAGACAUCUGGUGUCAAUAGUCUCCUGAUGACUGAUUCUCAGAAAGGUGAUGUCACUCAUUCUGGUUCACAUAACCAGCUUAGAUGGAGAAAGCCUGGGUGUCAAAAUUCUUUCCUCCAAGUCAGAGACUUGGCAUGAAAGAAUGUACUUUUUGCCUUCCUCAUUCCCUUCCUCUACCUUAAACAGACCAGGUGAAGGAUCGCAGCCACAUCUAGACCUCCCUUGGGACAAGAGAACCCUAUACACUUCUGCGGGCGGACCCUGAACUGAGACUAACACUGGGGAAAGAGUCUUGUCUCCUGUCGCUGGUUGGACCUGACCCUCCAAACCAAAGUCUGUCCUGCGGGCUACCUGGACGACCCUGAAUGAAGAUCAGAACCAGAAACUUCCUCCUUGCUCCAGUCGGUGUAGUUGGAACUACAGCUGUGGGACUGAGUUUCCAAGGCUACUUUCUGCCAAGUGCAAAGAUGGGACUUCUAGGCACAGGCAGGACCUGGAGGCCUGCCCUUCAUGCUCCUACAGCCUGGGUGCUCCCCGGAGACACGCUCAGGUCAGGCAGAAGGGUAUCUUGCGCCUGGUGGAGCUGCCUGGGAGAGAUUGAGGCAAAGACAGUCCCGGGGGAACCUGGUUGCUGUCGAGGCAGGGGGAUUGCUCACGAAUUGUGUAACUGGCCAAGAGAGCCAGUCGCCAACAUCAUCUCACGCUGUCCCCGGAGCCCUUAGACCCUGAAUUUGGAACCCAGACUAGGAUAGUACACCAGCUGCCCCGUGGGCAAGGCGCGCUGGGCUCAGGCUUAUGGUAGCCGCACGGACACGGGUCCAAGCCACCUGCCCGCUGCACCACGACGAGAGCCCCCAGCAGCCCUCUUCCCGCGGCCGCUGGGCUCUGACCCCCUCGCGCCCCCGCGCGUCCAUCUCUGUUCCCAGCGCGGUGCAAGUGAUGUAAGGCGGCCAAGCUCGCGCGCUUUCCUCCUGCCCGGACCGAGUCCUCCCUCCCCGCCGGCAGCGCCGCGCGCCCACUCCGAUCCGCUGCGCCCAGGCUCCGUUUCCAGAGCUCUGGCGACCUACUCACAGCGGCUGGGAAAGACCCUCCUCCCCUAUCCCACCUCCCUGCGCCCCUCCCCGCCCCCUUCCUGUGCAGUGUGUGUGAGGAAAACCAGGCUUGGCUCUCGGAAUCGGAAUCCAAGGAGAGAACAGAGUGACAGUCCAUACUACGAAGCUUUCUGGAGGCACUGAGAGGUGGCAGGAACCUUCAGAAAAAGCAAAGGGGCACGCGACUCCCUGGCUACCAGGAAGCCCCAACCUGGAUGGAGUGAAAGAUGCGGCCUGAUGACAUAAAUCCGAGGACUGGGCUUGUGGUGGCCCUGGUCAGUGUAUUUCUAGUCUUUGGUUUCAUGUUCACUGUCUCUGGCAUGAAGGGGGAAACUCUGGGGAACAUCCCUCUGUUGGCCAUCGGGCCAGCCAUCUGCCUACCAGGCAUUGCCGCCAUUGCUCUGGCCAGGAAAACCGAAGGCUGCACCAAGUGGCCAGAGAACGAGCUACUUUGGGUCCGCAAGUUACCCUGCUUCAGGAAGCCCAAGGACAAGGAAGUGGUGGAACUCCUGAGGACCCCAUCAGACCUGGAGUCAGGCAAGGGGAGCUCGGAUGAACUGGCUAAGAAGGCAGGCCUCAGAGGCAAGCAGCUCCCACAGGGUCCAGGUGAGGUGCCCAUGGCCAGCUCCAUUACUACCCCAACUCCCACAGAGGAAGGAGAAUGCCAGAGUCUAGUCCAGAGUGGGCGGCAGGAGGAGACAUCCAGAUAUCUGGAUGGCUACUGCCCCUCGGCCAGUUCCCUCGCCUACAGUGCCUUGGAUGCCAAAUGCUCAGCCUGGGACAGAUCUGACCGCCCUGAGCCCGAGGACAGCAUCUUCUUUGUGCCCCAGGACAGUAUCAUCGUUUGCUCCUACAAGCAAAACAGCCCCUAUGACAGAUACUGUUGCUACAUCAACCAGAGCCAAGGCAGGUGGGACCACGAGACAAUAGUCUGACCUGUUCAUACAAGGGUCCCAUGUUGACAGACCACAUUGCUACACUCAGCUCCCAAGGGAAGAGAAUCUCUGCUCCAACAACAGACUUCACACUGUUAGAAACUGGCAUGGUAUGUGAUGGGGUGCAGACCUCUGGUGCCUGAUACUCAUGUAAAUAGGCAUGUUGGGGGCAUAUUUUAGGGAAGGACAGAGGAUUAAGGACAGUGGGAAGAGGGAGUAAACAGGAAAGAAAGUUCCAUUUGCUUCUGAACACAUUAAACAAUGUUGAAUGCUUUGUAAAGCAGCCCCAAAAGUGCUGGCCGUCAGGCGAGCACAGAGAGCUUCGUCUGCCAGGUAUCAAAUGAUGCAGGGGUUAUUCACACAGAAGCUGGCUGCUUUGUGUCUGAAGAACAGGAAGGAAAAUUGUAUGUUACUUUAUAGCUUUUGUUUUGCCUGGCGACAGCUUUUCACACAUGCUAAUGCUGAAAGACAUAAAAAUCAAGAUAGAGUAGGUAAAUCCUCCUGAUAUGGGAUGGGUUUUGGAGUGAGGGGAGUUAAAAAUUGUUGGAAUGUAUACUGAACCCUGACCUUUGCCAAGACCAUGGUUUCAAAUAAAGUGUUGAUUAUGCUAUGUGCAACGUUAAUAUUUUCGGUGGUCGUGCUACUUCUUAAUGUCUUCGUUUGAAUUGAGUUGCUGGCACUUUACCGAAGUUUUAAAAAUAUUUAUUAACACUAAUGUAUUUCCUUACCAGGUGCAAAAUGACUUGAUGCAAUAUUUUCAUAGAUUAGGAUUUCUUUUUUAUCAGUUGGUAAAACAAAUUUUACAAAAUACCUUCAACAUUUCUGGGAGGCAUGUACUAGGACUUACGAUAUCCCUUUUAAAGUAUGAAACUCCAAGUCAAUUCAUUAGUCCUGAGCACUAUGAAAACUGUGUAUGCCAUGCAAUGGUUAAGCCUCUGGAAAUGCAACGCUGCCAUUUGCACAUUUGUUUAACAGCACCCCUCCCCCAACCAUGACGAGAAAGCAAUGAAACAAGAGUUAAU